AUGUCUGCGUCACGAUCCUUUGCGACUUGCUUGGCCAAGCUUCCGGCUACGGCACCACGAACAAUACAGCCAAUGCGACUUGGUCAGAAUGUAGUGUCUCAGACGUCCAAAGGUCGAUCCCCUACAAUCUCUCGAUUUACUCGCUUCUCGCCUGUUUCCCAUAGAGCAUUCACUACCACGACACAACGGCGCCAUGGGCACAUUGACCCCCCGAAGCCCGGUGAGGAACUUUAUGUCACGUUCAUCGAGAAGGACGGCACAGAGAACAAGUUUGCUGUUUCUGAGGGAGAUAACCUUCUCGAUAUCGCCCAAGCAAACGAUCUAGAGAUGGAGGGCGCGUGCGGAGGAUCUUGCGCCUGCUCGACAUGCCAUGUUAUCGUUGCUGACGACGCAUAUUUCGACAAGAUGCCCGAGCCCGAGGAUGACGAAAACGAUAUGCUGGACCUGGCCUUUGGACUCACGGAGACGAGUCGACUGGGCUGCCAAGUUAAGAUGACCAAGGAGCUAGACGGCUUAGUUGUGAAGCUGCCAUCGAUGACGAGGAACCUGCAAGCGAGCGAUUUCAGUUAA